GGAAUCAAACUGUGAUCUCCUGGUUCAUGGGUCGACACUCAACCACUGAGGUACACCUGCUGGGCUGUACAGUGUCUUUGUAAUAAUGUCAGUGCCACUUACUGAGUGUUUAUUUACUGAGUGCUCACUGUGUGCUAAACACAUCACAUGCAUUAUCUCCUUUUAUCUUCAUGAGGCAGGUACUAUUCUCAUCCCCAUUUUUCAGACAGGUAAAGUAUGGCUCAGAAAUGUGAAGCAGCUUGCACAAGUUCACAUUUGUGUAACUGGCAGACGCAAGAGCCACCAACCUUGAAGCCCUAACCAUUUAGUUAGUAUGCUGUGCCACUCCUAGUUGGCCACAAUGUGGCAGUUGGUGUCACUCAUACACGGGUCUCCUGGCGGUCGCCUGACUGUACCCACAGCCCUGAUAAUCUGCUUUCCCUCAAAUUUUUGUAUCAAGGUCCGCUUCUGGGGGAACUCAAAUAUCUUCCCAAAUCACUAGGGCCCAGAAGCUGCUUGAAAAUCUUCCUCUGCCCUCCCUGCCCAGGUUCAUGGCCACCAGUGACCUGAUGUCAGAGCUGCAGAAGGACUCCAUCCAGCUUGAUGAGGACAGUGAGCGCAAGGUAGUAAAGAUGCUGCUUAGGCUCCUGGAGGACAAGAAUGGUGAGGUGCAGAACCUGGCAGUCAAGUGCCUGGGUCCUCUGGUGGGCAAAGUGAAGGAGUACCAGGUGGAGACCAUCGUGGACGCUCUCUGUGCCAACAUGCGGUCAGACAAGGAGCAGCUCCGAGAUAUUGCUGGCAUUGGCCUCAAGACCGUCCUGUCAGAGCUACCCCCUGCAGCCACAGGCUCCGGCCUGGCCACCAACGUGUGCCGGAAGAUCACCGGCCAACUCACCAGUGCCAUUGCCCAGCAGGAGGACGUGGCUGUGCAGCUGGAAGCCCUGGACAUCCUCUCUGACAUGCUGAGCAGGCUGGGCGCCCCGCUGGGUGCCUUCCACGCCAGCCUCCUGCACUGUCUCCUGCCCCAGCUGAGCAGUCCACGCCUGGCAGUGCGCAAGCGAGCUGUUGGGGCACUAGGCCACCUGGCGGCCGCCUGCAGCACCGACCUCUUCGUGGAGCUCGCGGAUCACCUGCUGGACCGGCUGCCUGGCCCACGCGCACCUGCCAGCCCUGCUGCCAUCCGCACCCUGAUCCAGUGUUUGGGCAGCGUAGGCCGCCAGGCAGGCCACCGCCUGGGGGCCCACCUGGACCGCUUGGUGCCCCUGGUGGAGGAGUUCUGCAACCUGGAUGAUGAUGAGCUCCGGGAGUCCUGCCUCCAAGCCUUGGAGGCCUUCCUGAGGAAGUGCCCCAAGGAGAUGGGUCCUCAUGUGUCCAAUGUAACCAGCCUGUGCCUCCAGUACAUGAAGCAUGACCCCAACUAUAACUAUGACAGUGACGGGGAGGAGGAGCAGAUGGAGACAGAAGACAGUGAAUUCAGUGAGCAAGAGAGCGAGGAUGAAUACAGUGACGACGAUGACAUGAGCUGGAAGGUGCGCCGAGCAGCAGCCAAGUGCAUGGCGGCCCUGAUCGGCUCGCGGCCUGACCUGUUGCCUGACUUCCACUGCACGUUGGCGCCAGCGCUCAUCCGCCGCUUCAAGGAACGUGAGGAAAAUGUCAAGGCCGAUGUCUUUGGGGCCUACAUCGUGCUGCUGCGGCAAACGCGGCCCCCAAAGGGAUGGGUGGAGGCCGUGGAGCCUACCCAGACUGGCAGCAAUCUCCACAAGCUGCAAGAACAGGUGCCCCUUGUGAUCAAGGCCCUACAGCGGCAGCUGAAAGAUCGCAGUGUCAGGGCCCGCCAGGGAUGCUUCAGCCUCCUCACCGAGCUGGCGGGCAUCCUCCCCGGCAGCCUGGCAGAGCACAUGCCUGUGCUGGUAGCAGGCAUCAUCUUCUCACUGGCGGACCGCUCUAGCUCCUCCACCAUUCGGAUGGAUGCCCUGGCCUUCCUGCAGGGGCUGCUAGGUACAGAGCCCGCUGUGGCCUUCCACCCACACCUGCCCACCCUCCUGCCACCUGUAAUGGCCUGUGUGUCUGACCCUUUCUACAAAAUUGCGGCCGAGGCCCUGCUGGUGCUACAGGAGCUGGUGCGGGCCCUGUGGCCCCUGGAUAGGCCUCGGAUGCUGGACCCAGAGCCAUACAUUGGAGAGAUGUCUACAGCCACUCUGGCACGGCUCCGUGCCACCGACCUGGACCAGGAGGUGAAGGAGCGGGCCAUCUCCUGCAUGGGCCACCUUGUGGGCCACCUGGGUGACCGGCUUGGAAAUGACCUGCAGCCAUCACUAUUGCUCCUCCUGGACCGCCUGCGGAAUGAGAUCACCCGGCUGCCUGCUGUCAAGGCCCUGACCCUCGUGGCUCUGUCCCCACUGCAGCUUGAUCUGCAGCCUAUCCUGGCCGAGUCACUGCCCAUACUAGCCUCGUUCCUGCGCAAGAACCAGCGGGCACUGCGGCUGGCCACGCUGGCUGCCCUGGAUGCCCUGGCCCAGAGCCAAGGACUCAGCCUCCCUCCAGCUGCUGUUCGGGUCGUGUUGGCGGAGCUGCCUGCCCUGGUCAGUGAGAGUGACAUGCAUGUGGCCCAGCUGGCUGUGGACUUUCUAACCACGGUGACCCAGGCCCAACCAGCCUCUUUGGCCGAGGUCAGUGGCCCUGUGCUCUCAGAGCUGCUGCGGUUGCUGCGCUCACCCCUGUUGCCAGCAGGUGUCCUAGCAGCUGCCCAAGGCUUCCUGCAGGCUCUGGUGGGGACCCGGCCCCCGUGUGUGGACUACGCUAAGCUCAUGGACCUGCUCACUGCCCCUGUUUAUGACCAGGCUGUGGACGGUGGGCCAGGCCUGCACAAGCAGGUGUUCCAUUCGCUGGCUCGGUGUGUGGCAGCCCUCACAGCUGCCUGUCCCCAGGAGGCAGCAGGCAUGGCAAACCGCCUGGUUUGCGAUGCCAAGUCACCCAACUCCAGCACGGGGGUCAAGGUCCUGGCAUUCUUGUCGCUGGCUGAGGUGGGCCAGGUGACCGGGCCUGGCCCCCAGCGGGAGCUGAAGGCAGUGCUCCUGGAAGCCUUGGGGUCGCCCAGUGAAGACGUGAGGGCUGCAGCCUCCUUCGCACUAGGGCGUGUGGGAGCUGGGAACCUGUCCGACUUUCUGCCCUUCCUACUGGGACAGAUCAAGGCUGAGCCCCGAAAGCAGUACCUGCUGCUGCACUCGCUCAGGGAGGCCCUGGGCGCUGCCCAGCCCGACAGCCUGAAGCCCUACGCAGAGGACAUCUGGGCUCUGCUGUUCCAGCACUGCGAGAGUGCCGAGGAGGGCACCCGGGGGGUAGUGGCCGAGUGCAUUGGAAAGCUUGUUCUCGUGAACCCUCCAUUCCUUCUGCCCCGAUUCCGGAAGCAACUUGCUGCAGGUCAGCCACACACCCGGAGCACUGUCAUCACAGCGGUCAAAUUCCUCAUCUCGGACCAGCCUCAUCCCAUUGACCCCCUCCUGAAGAGCUUUAUUGGAGAGCUCAUGGAGAGCCUGCAGGACCCAGACCUGAACGUGCGCCGGGCCACUCUGACUUUCUUCAACUCUGCUGUGCACAACAAGCCCUCUUUGGUCCGGGACCUGCUGGGUGACAUCUUGCCCCUUCUCUACCAGGAGACAAAGAUCCGCCGGGACCUCAUCCGAGAGGUGGAGAUGGGGCCCUUUAAGCACACAGUGGAUGAUGGGCUGGAUGUGCGGAAGGCGGCCUUUGAGUGCAUGUACUCACUGCUUGAGAGCUGUCUGGGCCAGCUGGACAUCUGCGAGUUCCUGAACCACGUGGAGGACGGCCUGAAGGACCACUAUGAUAUCCGGAUGCUGACUUUCAUCAUGCUCGCACGAUUGGCUACCCUGUGUCCUGCACCGGUCCUGCAGAGGGUGGACCGGCUCAUUGAACCACUCAGGGCCACCUGCAUUGCCAAAGUCAAAGCUGGUUCGGUGAAGCAGGAAUUUGAGAAGCAAGAUGAACUGAAGCGCUCUGCCAUGAGGGCAGUGGCCGCCUUGCUGACCAUCCCAGAAGUGGGAAAAAGCCCCAUCAUGGCCGACUUCUCUUCCCAAAUCAGAUCCAACCCUGAACUUGCUGCCCUCUUUGAGAGCAUCCAGAAGGAUUCUGCUUCAGCCCCCAGCACAGACUCAAUGGAGCUCAGCUAGUCCUACUCCAGCCCCUAGAUGGGUCCUCAGUCAAGAAAAGGGGACCCACCCAAGCCUGAGGUCUCAGUCUCACUGUCCCACCACCAAAGGCUACUGGCCUUUAUUCCAAACUUUCUUCUCCUUGGGGGACCUCCUGUUCCAGUUUGGGCUUUACAGUGCCUUCUCCAAGGACUCCAACUCAUCGGCCCCCAACCAGAACCUGUAAGGCUGCCAAGCCAACAGUUGGGCCCUUUAACUCAGGACAGCCAUUCAAAGCAACAGCAGAAUUCUCCAAGCCUUUCACAAAAUUGAUGAGACUUCACACUGGUCUGUCUGGUUCCUUCAAGCUGGGGAGGCCCUGCCUCACAAAAUACUUAGCAUUUAGAUAUACUCUUGUGUUCACAGCUGUGAGGUUAGGAGGCAGCAGGCUGGCCUUUCUUCCCACUCAUUUUCAUGAUUCACUUGAUCGAAUUGAUACACCAAAAAUUAAUGCUUUGGCUGGAUAUCUUAAAAACUCAGAUUCUACUUCUGAGUUUUUCACAUUUUUAGAAUUCAAAAAUAUAUAUAUAUUUCUAAUUGGCAGUGAUGAACCAGAAAUGUUUUCUUGCAGGGGGUAGAGUGGGUAGUGAAUUAGAGCUACUGUUUUUUUUAAAUUUCAAAACUUGUGAGCAAACUGGGAAACAGUAAAGCAUGAAAGUACAAACCAUGGUUUGUGUCCUUCUGAGGAAGGUUUUGAACAUGUCCCUUUUAGUACUGAGGACACAGAAUUAAGUGACAGGCCAAAGAACUUUGUGCUAUCCCAGGCUAAUAAAAGAGGUCCUAAAUUACAA